ACCCGGAGAAGAUAGACGAUGUCAGGUUCCUUCAUGUUGUGUAGAAGACUAGCGGGUUCAAGUAAAAUACUGCACAAAUGUAUGCAGCAUGGCUGGAAUCCAAAGUCCUUGCCACCUCUCACACAUCCAUUAUGUGGGAGAACAAUGUCGACAGCGUUUUCUGGCUCGUUACUUGACUUGAAUUUUCUAGACGAAGGAAUGGCUGUGGUUACUAUGAAAAGUGGGCAGAACACUCUUCAACCUAAAGCGAUGGAAGAAUGGCACCAAGCUCUGGAUGCAGUCGAACAGUAGGGACAUUUAAGACAGAUUCUGAAGCUUCAGAUGAAGAUAAACUCUGAAUGCCGCGCAUUAGUGACAACAGGUAAUGAGAAGUUCUUCUCAAAUGGCCUUGAUCUUGAUCAUAUGAAGACCUUCACAGACCAAAAGCGUCAACUGGCGGAGUACGUUGCUGAACUUAACAAACUCUGUGUACGUCUCCUGCUGUUUCCUCUUCCCACAGUAGCAGCAAUCAGUGGCCAUGCUUUUGGUGGUGGUGCUCUGAUGGCGUUUGCCCACGACCUGCGUGUCAUGCGACAAGAUAAGGGAUGGAUGUGUCUGAACGAGAUUCUUCUUGACGUCAGCUUCACUCCGGUCUUGCUGGCCAUAGUCAGAGCCAAGGUCCCACCAGGCCCCAUUCAGACCCAGGCUGUGCUUCAGGCCAAGCGGUACACGGCCAACGAAGCUGUAAAGUGCGGGAUUGUGGACCAAGUGGCUGACCAAUCACAGCUGGUCAACACAGCUGUACUGAUGGCCAACGAUUUUCUCGGGAAACAUGGACUAAAGCGAGAGACUUUGCAUAGCUUCAAGAAGGACUUGUACAUCUCUGUAGUCCAAACCUAUAGUGGUCAAGUGCGUUCUUGAGUGUGCAGAUUUCUAUUUGGGAUAUGAUUGAAAGAUUGACAUAUAUACUACUGGAUUAACGUAACUGUACAUUAUUUGACGUUACGCCAUUUUAUAAUGUAAAAAGAUAAUAAAAUGAUUUGUGGUGUUUUACU